AUGUGUUUCAUUUACAGAUCGGAUGCAAAAGCAACAUUUGACUGGUACUCUGAACUAUGUCGCCAUCUGCCGGGAUCAUUAACAGGUGUUAAGCUGCUUUCUGGCCACAUUCAGUCCGAUUCGAAGGAAGCUCUCGCGGCUCAGGAACGUGCCUAUGGUGAUAUCGUUUGCAAUUUUCGUUAUCUAAGCGAUCAGGAGCGAGAAAUCCUAUUCUGUGAUCCUUCUAAACAUGCUAUUCAUUUUUCUUCCUUUGCCGCAGAAGGUAAUCGAUAUGUGCCGUUCAUGAAGAAACAGUUACUCAAUGCUGGAGUGGUGUUCACUCAGCGAAUUCUUCAAAGCGUCAAUGAGUUAGCAGAAGAAGGCUACGAUGUGAUUGUUAACAGUGCUGGAUUGAAUGCGGGGAAAUUGGCCGGUGACGACGAUGGAGUGUAUCCAAUUCGAGGCGUCGUCUUUGAAGUGGAUGCUCCAUGGCACAAACAUUUCAACUACCGCGACUUUGAAACGUUUACCAUUCCCAAAAAUGAAUGUGUGGUUGUUGGAACUGUUAAACAGUCGAAUCGGUAUGAUACGGAAAUUACCGACGAGGAUCGACGAGACAUUUGGCAGCGCUACGAAAACCUUCAACCAACGAUGAAAAUAAUUCACAAUUAUGGUCAUGGUGGACAUGGUUUUACUGUUGGAUGGGGUACAGCUCUUCGCGCCGCUGCUCUCUGUGAAAAAGCCCACUGUAGAAAUUCGAAAUUAUAA